UUUAUAUUUCAGUGCAUUGAUUCGUUACAAGCUGGGGGAUGUUGGGUUCUGUCCACAUACACUCACCUCAGUCUGAGUACAAAUCAAAAUGGCACGGGCUCUUCUCUUUAUUCUGAUGAGUACACUUUUCUACAAAGUAAAUCCCCUGACCUGUUAUCAAUGCAUACCCGAGACAUCAGUCAAAUGUACCGAAACUAAAGUGGAGUGUGCUGUCGGUCAGUGUGGGACCAUGAAAACCACAUCUUAUAUGGAUAACAACAAGUUGGCUGACAUGAUUAUGAAGAACUGCUCUUUAACUCAACAAUGUGUGACCGCAUCUGUAAACUUAGGGGCUAUAAAAGCAGUCAUCAGCAACCAGUGUUGUAAUACUAACCUGUGCAAUAACCAGAGCGAACCAGAUCCACCAAAAAAUGUCUUAAAUGGCAUAAUGUGCUACACUUGCAAGGGAGAGGACUGCACUUCAACUUUAGCUUGUGUUGAUGGUGAAGAUCACUGUAUCAAAGCUACAGUUGAUGCUGAUGGAAAGAUGACGAAGGUGAGAGGAUGUGCCACCAAAAGUUUCUGUAAAGGUGACCUUUCCACACAGAUUGGCCAGUCCAAUGUAACAAAGGGCCUGAGCUGCUGUAGAGGAAAUCUUUGUAACAGGGCUACAAUUGUCAGACAGUACGAUUUGAUUCAAAUAGGCCUGCUGCUCUUUGCUAUUUUGUGUGGAUUGGAAACAGAGGCAGAUGAGGAGUAUGAAGAAGAACAGGACACCUGA